GAAAAUGCUUAUUAGGUAAAAGAUACAUGCACAUGGCAGUGAAGAAAUUCGUUUAUAAGGAGCCUGUAUCCAUGUAAUUUUUCACACAGACAUAGUAGUAGAACAAAACUUAGGGUAUUGAUCAUGGAUACUCAAAUUAGGCACCGUUUGGUUCUAAUACUACCACCAUUUCAGGGUCACUUAACUCCAAUGCUUCACCUAGCCACCAUUCUUCAUUCCAAAGGGUUCUCCAUCACCAUAGCAUCACAUGACAAUUUCAAUUCCCCUAAUCCUUCUAAUCACCCUAACUUUAGUUUCCUACCCUUGUUCUAUGGUUUAUCCGAAACCCAAAUCUCAUCCAAGAACUUUGUAGACAUUACUGUUACCUUAAAUACCAAGUGUGUAUCUCCACUUAAAGAGUUAUUAGUUGAUCAGAUUGAGAAAGCAAAUACGAGUCAUGAAAAGAUUGCUUGCGUCAUCUACGAUGGAUUAAUGUACUCCAUCGAUUCUGUGGCCAGAGAACUAAAACUACCCAGCAUAGUCCUCAGAACCACCAGUGCUACUAAUUUUCUCACUUAUCAUGCGUUUCUUCAACGGCAAAGCAGAGGUUGCCUUCCCUUGCAAGAUUGUAUGUCGUUGGACAUGGUGCCAGAACUUGAACCGCUUGGGUUCAAAGACCUACAACCGCUCCGGUUCAAAGACCUACCAAUGUUCAAUUCACAUGUUAUGCAGCAGCAAAUAACCAAAACGCUCGCGAUUAGACCUUCUUUGGGUGUUAUCUGCAACACAGUGAAUUGCCUCGAAGACAAAUCCUUGUGUCGGCUACACGAUUUGUAUGAAAUCAGUGUCUUCCCCAUAGGCCCUUUACACAUGAUGGCUGAAGAAGAUUCCACAAGUAGUAGCUGCGUGGAAGAAGAUUAUAGCUGCAUAGGUUGGCUCAACAACCAAGCAACAAAAUCUGUGUUGUAUGUGAGUUUGGGAAGCAUAGCUAGUUGGGAUGAGAAAGAGUUAACUGAAGUGGCAUGGGGGUUAGCCAAUAGCAAACAAAAAUUUCUUUGGGUCAUUAGGCCUGGGACAAUUAAUGAUGUUUCGGAGUGGCUAGAAUCAUUGCCUAAAGAGGUUAAAAUGGCAAUAGAAGAAAGGGGUUGCAUUGUGAAAUGGGCACCCCAGAGAGAGGUUUUGGCACACCAAGGUGUGGGAGGGUUUUGGAGCCAUUGUGGUUGGAAUUCCACUUUGGAGAGUUUGUGUGAAGGAGUUCCAAUUAUGUGCCAACCUUAUUUUGGGGAUCAGAGGGUGAAUGCUAGAUUGUUGAGCCAUGUGUGGAAAGUGGGGCUAGAGUGGUCCAAUGUCAUAGAAAGGAAUGAAAUAGAAGGGACAGUGAGAAGACUUAUGGUGAAUGAAGAAGGGAAGGAGAUGGCACAGAGAGCAUUCAAGUUGAAGAAUGAGAUUAGGUUGGCUGUCAAAGCUGGUUCUUCCUAUGAUGCAUUGAAUGGGUUGGUAAAACGUAUCUUAUCGCUGAAUCUCUAAUUUCACAUAGUAAUAAAUAAAAAAAAGUUGGAUUGUACUAUAUGGUCUAUAUAAUAUAGAUGUUAACAUGUGUAAAGUCACGUAAUAUAGCUAGGAAGCAGCAGCAUGAGUUGGUUUA